CAAAAAGUCUCAGACGUGCAGAUGGCAUUCAAUAAUCAUUCCACCCUACUUCCCUAUCGAUCGUAGACGCUCCCCCUCCGCUCCUUGAUCUCCCCACGGUGAUCUCAAACGCUGGUGCCAAUCUGCCACUCCCGCUGCUCGACGACUCUCUUCUCUUUUCUCCCCGCCCCGAGUCGCCCAUUGCCCUCCCCUCCCCCAUCACCAUACCCACGUUCUCUACCCUCUCUUGUCUCGUUUCCUUCUCUUUCGUCAUCUUGAAUUUGUUUUCUUUUUCUCAUUUUUCUUUUGUUGAUUCAUCAGGGCCACCUAAUCCGAGUAGAGACAUCCAUUCGGUUGGGUGAUAUCUGUUGCCGAUCGCCAAGUGUUAUGGUUGGCUGCAUCACACACUCACCAACGCGCGCGUACCUGGUCAAGGAUCUCGCCGGCUCGGGAUCUUACUGAUUCGCUUAUCCUUGAGCAAUCGUGUUUGUUGUUCCUAGUCCCCUCUUCCUUCCAACUUUGCUGCUCGCGACACCCGCUCUCGCCUUGCCCCUACCCCCGUAUCGCAUCCUUUUUUCGCACGUGGUAAUAUCGUCAAUCCGUGGUCGCUGGCCGGCUCGAUCAUCCGCCCAGACACAGCGCGAACCGCACGCGAAGUUCAUUCUCCCAGGCACGGUGACUCAAACGAUGCUCGCGUGAACCGAAUACGGGUCAGUUCUAAAAAAGGGAAAAAUUGACACGCGCGCGAGUCUCGUUCACAUCUCAUCGGCAACUGUGAUCUCACACAUUAGGGGAUCCAGAAGCCGACUGAGGCACCGCACCCUCGGAGGAUGACAGCACCCCACGCCCACGGGAAUAGCUCUCUGACAGCCAUGAUGGAGGAUCCGUUCGUCUCGACCUCGGGCCAGCCCGCUGCCCCUCGUGAAUCCCACCGGUAUUCGUCAUUCGACACGCAACUCUUCAGUCUCAAUGCUUCUUCGCCUGCACAGGCCAAACGGGCCCUUGAGGCUCAUCUGGCGGAGACCGAGCGUCGAUUGGAGGAAGCGUCCAAGUUGGGAACGGCUCUCAUCGAGCAGCAGCGAGAACUGACGGAACAGCUGAAGGAAGUAGAGCAGCAGCAAGAUGAGGGGGAAAUGGGACCGGAACUGCGACAGCGACUUGCCGACCUCGAACAGGAGUAUAAUGAGAUUGGUCGGGAAAUCGCUCGUGCCUUUUUAGCUCCGAAGCGGUUGGCAGGUGGCUCGGAGGACCCUCAACCGGGUACUCCAGGGUUCGAUCAAAAGUCUCCCCUCAGUUCCGCUCUCUUUGCAAGCCAAGCAACCAAUUCUCCCAGCAAAGUCAGCGUUCCCUCCCGCAAGCAGCGCAACCAACCCGCCAGCCGUGUGCACGACAUUGAGUUCGCCACCGAGAUUUCGACCUCUCUUCUUGCCCAAGUUCGUCAAUUACAGGCCCUUCUGGCUGAGCGAGAGGAGACUCUCAAGUCAGUCAACCUCGAGAAGUCGCGGUUGGAAAUUGAAGCAGAAGGCUAUUCUCAGCGCAUCCGUGCGCUCGACGACAGCGAGCAACGUUACAAGGAUGAGAAUUGGGCUCUGGAGACGCAAACCCACGAGCUCAUGGCAGCUGUCAAAGAUGCUGUGGAGCGUGAGAAGAGACUCAACAGCAGCCUGGGCACUGUGAACUCGGAAAAGAACGCCGUCGAAAGGGAAUUGGAGGAGCUGAGGCAAGCCAAUGCCAAGCUAUUGGAGGAGCAAGCCAUCACACAGAAGGCAAAUGACUCUGAAAUUCAUCUGCUACGUCGAAACUUGACUGCCGGUGAUGCAGAGAAGCUUGCGCUUCAGAAAAAGCUUGAGGAGCUGACGGGCCAGAACCAAGAGCUGGCAAAGGCGGUUGCCAUGCGAAUCCGACAGUAUGAAUCUCAAGGAUCACGAGAUAUGCCCAACGAUGAGGACGAUGAAGAGGCAGAGCAAAUUACGCCCGAAAGCUCUCCCCCUGCGUCUCCCAAUAAGUUCACCCCUCGGCAUAAUCAUCUGGAGUCUGAGACUCUCAAGAGCUCGCUUGGUCAUGCUCAUCGUAUGAUCCAGAACCUUAAGAGCACCAUCCAUCGCGAGAAGACUGAGAAGAUUGAGCUCAAGCGCAUGCUGCAAGAAGCCCGCGAUGAGGUUGAACAGCGUCGCCGGGAGGCCAAUGCUCCCAACGCUUCUACCAAGCGCCUGAAGACCAAGGAUAAUUCUUUCCGCAAGCCGGCUCGCCCAGAUCUUUUGGGCGCUGGCCGCAAGGAAAAGUCUUCGGUCGAGCUGGAGAUCCAUGAUACUGAUUGGGAAGACAAUGCGGGCCAGGGCAGUCCUACUCGGCCCGUCACGAUUAGUUCAGCUGCUAGGAGCGGUUCUGGAGUUAUGUCCCCUCCCGAUGAGCCUAGUGAUGUCUACCAGACUGCCACUGAAGCCGAGGACGGAUUUGAGACUGCAAAUGAACGCGCAACGGCAACCGAGAGUGAAGCUUUCCAGACUGGCGUUGAAAGCAUGGCCGAUGACAGCAGCGACGACUCUGCGGAUCUGACAGAGACCGAGAACAAUCUCCAGACAACUCCUCGCACGCGUCGUGUUCCGUCUCUUAUGAUGGCCAAGGCCCGCGAUCGUACCUCCUACCACAGCACGGCGUCUGCCACAUCCGACGAGGAUGAGACAGACAGCGGUUUCCCCUCCCCCAGCCAAACUCACAUCUCUGGCCGUCGGGUAAGGUCAAAGCGAAGUGUUCUCCGGCGGAUUCGCCCAUCCGGAGAGGCCCCGAUGGCGUCUAGCAGUCGUCCAUCUAGCUCUCGCAAUUCCCCCGCGCCAAGCUUUGAACCGCUGCCCGUGGCUGGAGAGGGCCAGAGCCUCUUCGCGGAACUCGCUGAGCUGGAAGGGGGUGAUGAUGAUGAUGAAGAGGAAGACGGUGCAGAUCUUAAUUCCCAGGCCUCGACGCCGCGCAUGGACCCUUCAUCGGACUCUCGCAGGCCUUCUGAGAUCAUGCUCGACUCAUUGCCCAAGCCCAUCAUGGUUGAUUCUGGUAUGAUGACUGAGCCAUGGGAGCCCAGCACUCCUGUUGCUGCCGUAGCCGGAGCUGCCGUUGCGGGAGCCGCGGUUGCUGGAGCCGCUGGAGCUGCUGUCUCUGCCCUGUCCGAGACCCCAACUACGCCUCAGAGAAGCGUCGACCGUGAGAUCUCUGCGGAAGGCGAGGAGACACCCAAGCUGGUCAGCUCAGGUACCCAGUGGACGCCACUCAAGCCGGUUACUGGAGAUAAUGAUCACCUGGCCAAUGUUCCCACGCCACCAAAGAUGGCCUGGGACGAGCGUGCUGUGGAAUCCCAGCUGGUCGAGGCUAGUACCCAAGCCGAGCCAGCGGAGAUGGGCAUUGCCACUAUCUCUUCUCAAGAAACUCUUCCCAUUGCACCUAGCUGGCCACACCUGGCCGUUUCCUACCUCCCUGGUGGUUUCACGGAGCCCGUGAAACAUGAGCUUCCUGCUCCUGAGAUUCCGGAGAUGAGCUUCUCGUCGAUCGAGUCGCAGUCAACUGAGCCUGUGCAGGCUAUCAUCUCUGAGCCGGAGCCGGUGGUUCCUAUCGAGCCUGUUCGGGAGCUUCCCGAGUUGACCUUGUCUUCUCAUUUCAUCCAUUUCACCGAGCCCAUCCAGGCCCAGCUUCCUGAGUCUGAACCUCAACCGGAACCCGUUGUGGCCGAAAUGGCAGUGUCUGCUAUUUCUUCGCAGCAUACGGAGCCAUUAAGGGCUGAGCCUGCUCCUGCGCCAGAACCGAUCAUGAUUCCUGCGCCUAUCCCAGAACCAGUCCUCCCAGAUCUAUCGAUCUCUCAUCUGGAUCCAGCAUUCACGGAGCCGGUGAAGGCGGUGCCUGCUCCAGCACCAGAGCCGAUUGUGAUUCCGGCGCCUGUACCAGAACCGAUUCUCCCAGAUUUGUCUAUAUCUCUGCUUGAACCUGCGGUCACAGAGCCGGUCGACGCUGAGCCUGCUCCUGCGCCAGAGCCGAUCAUCAUUCCCGCGCCUGUACCGGAGCCAAUUAUCCCAGAUCUGACCAUCUCUCUAUUGAAUCCCGCUUUCACAGAGCCCGUCAUUCCUAGGGUAGUUGAGGUCCCUCCUCUUCCAGUGCCUUCCAUCUUCACCCUGCCCUCGGUUGAAACACGGCCAGUGCAGUCGGUGGUACGCACCAUUCCGUCUAUGAGUGACCUUUCAAUUCAAACAGACCCGGUGGAGGAGCCAAAGGUCGCGGCGGCUGCCGUUGUCAUCCACGAAGAUGAACAAGAUAGACUUGUCAACCCAGUUCGUGACCUUUCUGGUACCAAUACCAGUGAGCGUCGAACAAGCACCGGUUUGGCCUUGAGUGACAUUUCUGGCAAUGCUUUGCUACCUCAGUCAGACAGACAGCAGCCCAGCUUCGUCAGCUCGGACCAGGGAUCUCAGACGAUUCUCUCUGCAAAGCAAAUCGACCAGAUUCUCAUGGAUCGGGACUCUGCCCGGCCGGUGUCUUCUGCAGACAGCAGGCAGGGAAUGGAGAUGGCCGCACUUGGAGCCGCCGCGGGAGCCGUUGCUGGAGCUGCUGGAGCUGCUGCCGCCGCAUCUCCCUUCGCCACCCCCAAGCUUCGGCCUCGCCUCCAACCACAAUUGUCUGCCAGAUCUGGAGCGUCCAGCCAGAGACGUCCUGACACGGCCAGUAGCCAGACUUCUGCUCUCAGUGUCCACCCGCCCUUGCCAGCUGACCACCGUGAGGCCAUUGCGGCCGCCGAGAAGCGGUCUAUCGAUAUCCCUCCCCCUGCUCCUUCACCCGGCACAAUGGGACCUCCUCUAGCACCCGCUUCGGCCUACCGUGUGAACGUACACACUGCCCCGCGCACACCAAACGACCAGAGCACAGGACCUGGAUCCGCACGGACCGUCUCCACCCAGGCUCGCGUGAGGAGAGGAAGCCAGAGCCAGAUGUCAAGGCGGUCAUCGGUGUCGUCAUUCGCGUCCGAACUCGAGGAGCGGUUCAACAUGAAUCCCUAUGCUGGACCGGUGCCUCAUGGCUAUGGCGCUAACACCGACCCCCGAAUGAUCCAAGCCAUCACUCAGACCAUGAUUGGCGAAUUCUUGUGGAAAUACACCCGCAAGACUGGUUCUUCCGACAUGUCGUCCACACGUCACCGGCGCUACUUCUGGGUUCAUCCAUAUACACGCACGUUAUACUGGAGUGAACAUGACCCGCAGACUGCGGGCAAGUCUCAGCUGCGCACGAAGAGUGUACCUAUCGAAGCUGUGCGAGUGAUUGUAGAUGAUAACCCAUAUCCUCCGGGUCUUCACUGCCGAAGCUUAGAAGUCGUCAGCCCUGGCCGCAAAGUCCGCUUCACCGCCACGACAAGCCAGCGACACGAAACUUGGUACAAUGCAUUGGCGUAUCUACUCCUUCGGGAGGUUAACGAAAGUGCCGAAGAUAGCAACAGCGUGACUCUGGAUGACAUUGACGAGUUCAACCCUGGUUUCCGGUCCUCCUCUCGCCAGGCUGCCCGUAUGUCUUUAUCUUCGUACAACAGCCGCACUCUUCGCCAGCCGCCCAAGCCACAGCGCGCGACCUCAGCCAUGUCCAUGCGUUCAACCGGAGGAACUCCAGGACGUGCAUCUCCUGCUCUGAGCACGUCGGGACCAAAUUCUUCGUUGCAAGUUCCCGAAGACACUCAACCGCGGUCCUCGUCCCGUCUGAGCUCAAUCCUGAACAACUCGAUCCGCGGAUCGAUCGCCAGUCUCAAAGGACGCCAUGGUGCGGCUAGUCUUCAUGACGAGAGUAUCCGCGAUCAACCUAGCAUGGAGAACCUCGCACACCAUCACGAUGAUGAAGAUCGGCUCGAGAAUGUUCGCGCCUGCUGUGAUGGCAAACACGACGUUGGUUCGCUGUCGCGCAACAGCCGGUACAGCCCGAGAGUCGAUCGCAUCCACUCCCACCACUAAAAGCUUUGCAUGUUGCAUUGGAAUCGUUUCGAUCGAGUUUGUGGGCAGGCCCUCAAACGGUGAUGGCUUGCACUUAACUCGUAUAAUUGCCCACGAGUCUCUUUUACUUCCUCCUUGCCUGACAAGUAUCUUCACAUUCGUCACACUUGCUUCUGCAUCGUUUUAAUGCGCUCUAAUUGAAAAGUGGACUAUGGCCGUUCACUUUUUUUGACACACCACUUUGGAUGACUCGGGAAAUGCCGGUCUCGGAAAUCUUUCCAGCCAGCUUCUCUCUACUUACCUCUCCCACCUCCGGACCCGCUCUUUUUCUUCUACGCACACAUGCCUACUACUUCAACCUCGACCACCUCUUUCCUUUUCCAAUCCAACUCGCGUCAAUAAACUCUAUCACACUCUCCUACCACCGUCCUUCCUUCGUCAAUUCUCAGUGCUGUCAUUUCGAUCAUUUCUUUAUUUUAGUUUCAGCCAUGCUACAUCCAGUCUAACCUGACUAGUCAUUUGACAAUAUAUUUCAUUUUCUUUUUGUGGAUAUUUUUCGUUUCUUCAGUAUGAUUGUAUUCGGUCGUGUAUCUGAUCAUUUCUAUGUUGCCCUCUCGGGAUCUACCAUCGAGUCUGGUUCAUUGCGUGGACAGAUUGAGCUACGAGGUGAAACACAUCAAGAAGUUGGUCUACAAUGUGUCUCAGUGUGCCGAUCACUUAGUAUUAUGCCAUCCGCCUGGAAGGUAUAGAUGUCGACCCUUCUCCAAACCGAAUUAUAGUACUGAGCCAUCUAAAUCAGAAUAUCGAAUGGGAG